AAGGAUUCUAAUAAAAGCCCACCUAAUUAAAGCACUUCGAUAAAUUCAAAUUUUUUUGUGAGGAAAAGAGAAGUUUGAGAUGCCUAACUCUAAGCGUAGGAAGAGACAGGUAGCUGCUAAUAAGAGACAAGUGGAGAGGGCGAAGAGACAGUUGGAAGAUGUGAGAGAAGAAAAUCACGAAAAUCAGAAAGAAAACAUCUAUCCACCUGCAAGCAAGAUAGCUAGAGGAGGAGGUAGUGAUGAUAAUGAGUAUGGUGCUCAGGGCGAUGGGUGGGCAGGAGGACUGUACAGCUGGUGUCAGUCUGGAAUCACACAGAGCCUUCAGGUUGCCAAGGACAUAGUGUUCCCAUCUCGUGUCCUCAAGAGACAGCUGGAAGAUGCUCAGGUGCGACUGAAGGAGAUGGAGGUGGAGCUACAACAGGUCAAGACUCAGGAGGUACGGGAGAAGAAGAGACUAAAGAAAUUGAGGCAAUCAACUGGGACCUUUCAACAAGUGGUUGAGAACAUUCCAUCACCGCCCCCUCCACCAGCAGCACCACCACCGCCCCCUCCACCGCCCCCACCUCCACCACCCUCACUAGCCUCACAACCACAGAGACGUGUCAUCACCAGAAGCAGAACUGUCAAACUACAGAAAGUGGGGCAGGCAUUACCGGCCGUUACACUAGACGAUAUAAAGAGCGUGAAACUACGGAAACCCACAGAGAGAAAGAAGGCUGUGGUUGCAGGUGGAGGCAGUGGCGAGGGGUUCAUGGUGUCACUGGCAGACCUGAGGAAUGUCAAACUGAAGAAGACUAGCUCUAGCAGCAGUGAGGCUGCCUCUAUCAGGACAGCCAGGAGGAAGUCAUUCCAUUUUGGACAAAGGUUUGACGAUAGCCCAGAAUUCUCCAAACAAAGGGCAGCUCUGAAGAGGAUCAAUAGGAGCCCAGGAGGUACUACCUGUCAUCAGAGAUCACGUAACCUAGACACUGGCACUGGACUCACUCCAAUGCUCACUAGAGCACUCAGAAGGAAGUUUCAGAGUGCCUGUCCCCUGUCCCCAGUGGGGUGCAUCACUCCGAGUCCAGUGGUGUCACCAAUGUCACAUGUCCCACCACCCUCACCGCCCCCUCCCUCCACACUGACGGUAGGACCACCCUCUCCCCCUCCUAACUCGGCACAAACCACAGCCUCUCCAAACUCUAUUCUGGAUAUUAGGCAGAUUUAACUGUGGCUAGGUUGUACUUGCUUCAAUGAUAUUUCUAUGGGCAGUUUGUUGAAUUAAUUAUUGUUUUCAUUUCUAUUUCUCAGUAGAGCAGAGCCAUUAUAUAUAAGUAGUCUAUCACCAUGGAAACUGUACAGUACGUAUACUAUCACCAUGGAAACUGUACAGUAUGUAUACUAUCAUCAUGGAAACUGUACCAUAUUGUUUAUGCAAAUAUUUUUUACUUGUUGGAAACUUU